AUGGUGUCCGCCGAGCUUCUGUGGCAGUGCGUUCGCCGCAACCACUGCUUCAUCCGCAAAUUCAAUGGAAUCACAUUGUCUGCGGAGCGUAUGAACUUGGCAAACAAGAACACUCUGAAGUACUCUGGAAUUGCCCACAAGCAGCCCCUGGGCCUGAACCGCCAUGGAGCGAACGGCGGCGGCAUCGCCCUCGUCACAGUGCAGAAAUGCUCUCGCGCCAUGAGGAAGCCGACCAAGGCUGUCCAGGUUCGCAAGUUCAAGAAGAGCAAGAAGGAGAUCUCGAAGGUCAUGAAAGCCGUCGCAGAGAGACGCCCGGAUUUGCUGAAGGUUGCGAACAAGAAGAUGAAGAAGUUGAUCCACACUGGCAACUCCUCCAACAAGAAGGAGUAA